GGGAAAAUAAUAAACCAGAAGGGAACCAACAGUACAACUAGAAGGAAGCAGGACGGGAACAUCUAGGUUCGGUAGCGGCGUGUAUAACACCACCUUAACAUCUAACAUCACCACCAUGGCUGACCCGGAAAAACAGCCCGAGCAACCCAAGGCCAAUCAACAAAAAAUGGUCAUUGCUAACAAAGUGACCGGGACUGUGAAGUGGUUCAACGUAAAAAGUGGUUACGGGUUUAUCAACAGAAAUGACAUCAAAGAAGAUGUAUUUGUUCAUCAAUCGGCUAUUGUUAAAAACAAUCCAAAGAAAGCCGUACGAAGUGUUGGGGAUGGAGAAGUCGUUGAAUUUGACGUAGUUAUCGGCGAAAAAGGUCAUGAAGCUGCAAACGUAACAGGACCUGAGGGUGAGCCAGUUAAAGGUUCACCCUAUGCCGCAGACAAACGUCGUGGUUAUCGUACGUGGUACCAUAGACCACGUGGCGGUGGCGCAAGACCUCAACGUAGACCAAGAGAAGGUCAAGAAGGUUACGAGUCCGGUGACGGUAAACAAGCCGAGGACAACAACGCCGGCGAAGGUAAUCAGAGACGUUACAGACCACGUCGUAAUUUUGACAAUUACUAUCGCGGUGGACGUAGAUCAGGUCCACCAAAUCAACAGCACGGCGAGAAUGGAGGUGAAGGAGGCGGAGCUGCUCGUUAUGACAAAGGUGACCAAGGUGGCGACGGUGUCAAUGAAGGAGGCGGCCCACCACGUAGUGGACGCGGACGCGGUUCAGCACCACGUCGAUUCUACCGCCGUAAUUUCCGCGGUGGUAGAGGAGGCGGUGGCCCACCAAGGCGACCAAGAAGCCAAGAUAAUCAAGACAGCCAGGCUGUGCAGAAUACCACCACCGAGAGCAACGCUUAAUUAAUUGAUAAAUAAAAAAAAAGAAUAAUAAUGAUAAAAAAAAAUAAUUAAAGCGCUACUACCACCAUUCAACACUCCUUUUAAAGUUUGUAACACCAAUAUCCCAUUUAAAAAAACACUACAGAUGAAUUUAAACAGCAGCGGUAAUUAACAUCAGCAACAUUUUUAAUAAAUACAUCAACAACAAUCAUAAUAAUAACAACAACAACAACAACAACAUUUACAACAACAACCAACAUAUUUAAAAAUAUAUAUAACAAUUAAUUAAAAAAAUAUUUGAAAAAUA